AUUAAAUUCUCAUUCAUCUGCAAUGCCUCUCUGAAAGCAGGAGGAGACAUUUCUGGUUUGGUACCUGCCCAGAAGUGAACUAUGGCUGCUGUGCCAGAAGAUGAAGCCCAAACUCCUGGACUGAAACUCCCCAAGCUUAGUGUUAAGAGUACGCCCAUCAGAGAAAAAAGGAGAAGGCAGGAGAGUGCUACGCUGCCAGGUCUCAGGAAGGAUGCUCAAUGGAAAGAGACAUUCUAUGAGAAGGUACAACAGAGAGCGUUGAAUCUGCAGAGGGAAAAGGUGGAAAAGAUUCACGUACGUAAGGCAGAGGAAGAAAAGAUAGAAAAGAAAGAACCUCUGGACUGGCUGUCUAAGGAAUGGUUGAGUGAAGAGAAGAUGACAAGGGACACCCGGGCCUAUUUGCUCGACAAACUGUUACCCACAUUAGUCCCAGGAGUAGAAAAAUUGUUAAUGGAAGUAGAAAGAAAGAAGGUGCUUGAAACAGACCAAGAUCCGCCCAAGUUUGAUCCCAUUAAUUUUCUAGGAGAAUAUCUGAUGAGGCAUAACCCUCAGUUUGACACAUCUGCAAAACUAGGUCCCUACAAGAGAGGGAUGAAGGCUGUCAUGGAGGAGUUGAAAACUCAGGUGCCUGAUACGGCACUUAACAGGCUAGCCAGGAUGAAGUCUGAGGUAAAGAAAAACCGUGAGCAAAGGGAGCAGGUGGAGAAAAUCAAGUCUCAGGUGACAGAGAUGCGAAAGGAGGCCCUGGCAGUGCAGUUCAAAGAAUGGACAUUGGAUGUCAGUGGAAAGCUACCACUCGCACUGGUUCAGAGUGCCCUGAGGUCAUUUCUGGAUGUCAUUUCUACUCCUUUGGGAGCGGGGCCGGAGAUCUACGACAGGAAGCUGGAAACCAUAGAUACACUGGGGGAAAAAGUGAAUGAGGAAGAGUUUAGGGAGUAUGUCCAUUCGCACAUCAAAACCUUUACAAGUGACACGUUCCAGGAAUUCCUGAAGCACCUCUGCCAGUGUGCUGAUGACUUCCGAGACAUAAUAAGACAUGACAUCUGGCGGCAGAUGUUUACUGACCUUUUCCUGGACUGUGACCACGGAAAGGCUGGCCUCUUGGACAGGCAGAGGACACUGGCCUUACUGGAAGAUUUCUAUGACAGCAGCCCAGUGAUUGCUAGGAGGAGAUUCUGUAAUCCAAGACGAUGGCCAAUAAUUGAAUUGCAAGAGAUAGAGCUUACUGAGUUCUGGGGAGAUUUUGAUGAUGGACGGAUAGCUUCUGAGGAAUCCAGCCAAAGAUUUGGAUUGUCUCAACCAGAAGUUUCUGAGGGAAGGAUUCUAUCCUCUAACGUGCUAAAUGGUCAAGCUACAUAUGAAACUUGCAUCUUGAUAGAUGAACCAGGAGGGCCAGAGGCAGAGCAGGACCAAGCAGUUGCUCUUGAACAACAGGCCACGAGUGAAUCUGGGACAGACGAAAUCAGUAAGGAGGAACCUGGUUUAAUUGGCGAGCUCAGUGAGAUUGUUCCAGUAACUGCGCUCGAAGAAGAGCAUAUAGUCUCACCUACAGAACCUGGUUCUGAAGUUCAGGUGAAUCAAGAGGGAGAAGGUUUCACUGCUGAGUUGUAUGAGAUUGUUUCACCAUCAACCCCUGGAGAAGAGAAUCCAGUCUCAGAGGAGAAACCUGGUCCGGAAGGACAGGUCAGCCAGAAAGGACUCUAUGUAAAUACAGAGAUGGAAGAAACUGACUCAUCACCACACCCCGAAGCAUCAAACACCCUCUUGGAAACGGAAGCAAGUGAUGUUAACAUGAGUCAAGAGGCCUCCAAAUCUGACAGUAGAAAGGGAUCUACAGUCCUUAAUAAGGAAACUACUUCCUCUGAGGACAUGGACACAGAGAAUCAGAUUGAUACUGCAGAUCCAGAGAGCCAGAAUGAACCUAUUCCAGUAGCAGCUCCUGAGCAAGAGAAUGGAAACAUAGAUAAAGAACAUGGCUCUGAAGAACGGGUCAGCCAGGAAGAUCACAAUGUGGCUAUAGAGCCGAGUGAACUCAUUCUAGCCCCAAACCCUGAAGAAGAGAAUAGAAUCUUGGAGAAGGAACUUGGUUCAGAAGCACAAGUCCAUCAGGAGGACCAUGAUUUGAUUGCAGAGCCGAAUGGGGCAGUUCCAAUAUUAAUGCCUGAAGCAGAAGGCAUAAUCUCAGAAGAGGAAGCUGAAUCAGAGGAGAAAGUCAGUGCUCUAAUACCAGAGAAUAAAGAGGAAACUGCAGAUCUUGGGAAAGAACCCCCUGAAGAAAAAGAGCGUGGUUCUGAGGAACAUGGCAGUCAAUCAGAAUUACAAGCAGAGACCAGCAUGCCGGCUGAGGACUCCACACCAAGCCUUCCACAUGAGCAAACACUUUUGCAAGACCAGAGUACAGGUCCAUCUCAUCCACCAAGAGAAGCUUCCCAGGCACAAGCUAGAGAGGCAUUUGAAAAGACAGCCCAGUUGAUAGAUGGGAUACCAUGGUCAGGUGACCUUCUGGCUUCUGACCUGAGUUUCAGGUAUAGCAGCUAUGGUGAGCAAAUUCAGAAGGACUGGAACAAUGAAAAUUCCAGAUUUGCAGACUUGCGUAUGCUCAUGGCAGAAAUUCAGACCCAUGGUACCUCCAUUGCCAUGAGUGCCUUUGACAAGAGCUGCCUCAACCUACCCCAGUUCGUACAGCUCAUGGAGACCUUUGUUGGUGAAGACAGCUCUCUGCCAACCGUGAAGAAACUUGUUGCAUUUGUGAAAGAAGGAUAUGAACAGACUGAAGAGGAAAAAAUCAAACAGUUGGAAAAAGUUCACCGUGAGGCUCUCUUGGCCCGAAGAAAACUACUCCUGGAGGCACUCUUUGAGAAGUGGGACAACGAAUGCUCUGGGUACCUUGACCUGAAAGAGGUGGAUGCUGUUCUAGGCACAUUUAAGGAAGGAAUGGAAAAAGAGGCCCUGAAAAAGGCAAAGAAGCACCUUCGCUGCUCCCACCCACACCCCGGUGGUGUGGUGAAGUUGUCUCCAAAGGAAUUUCAAACCUAUCUGGAGUUGGUUGUUUCUGAGUUCACCGGUAAUGAAGAUGAAGUUCUCGAUACAGUGGUGGAGUUUCUGACCAUGAGCGUGGCGCAAACCCACAUGGAACGCCUGCGAGGUUCUGCCAGGAGGAAGUGGCUGCACAAUAUCCAGCAUGCAGCUGAGACCAGUGGGGCAAGCAUGGAGCCAGUGUACCAGGCAGUCUUUAAGGCACUUUCCCAGGAUGCAGAAGCCCACGGGAAUAACAAGAAGAUCAGUGCGUAUAUUGCCCUUUUGGAACAGAACCAGCUUUCACCAGAGCGGGGAGAGGUUCUCCUGCGGUAUGUGGCUUGCACCUCAGAUGAUGCCCCAUACAUCCUAAACCAGGCACUUUACAGGGACAUGAAAGGAGUAAGCUUUGCAGCAGCAGAAGAGGGGAAGCCAGUCCAUGUUCCAAGAGUUCAGUUCCAUGGAAAUAUCCACUUCUGGAACUAUGACCGGGCAGAACGGGAGAGGAGAGGCUCAUUCCUGGUGCUGCCACUGCAGGAUUCCCGAUGGAGGACCUUUGGGAUUCUAGGACUUGACAGCCUGCGGGACCAGUGUGAGCAAACCAUCUUUCUAACCCACGAGAUCGGUUUCUAUCAGGGGGUUUCCCACGUAUUCAGCGAAGCCUACCACCAUGUCCACAAACUGGAAAACAUAUUGCAGGUUGCAUUCACUGCUGUGGGCUGGCUCUGCACCAGGGCACCCACCAUCCGCAACAUCACUACAUACCUGGUGGAGCCUGGCAAAGAUAAGACAAGUGACUACAUUUUGCGCAAGAUGAUGACUACAGAUCAUUCUGGGCAUAUGGAAAUCCACUCCCCUCCCACUGUUCUCCGCAGGAGAGAAAAUAUCUUCAGAGAUUACCUCUUCAAGUGCACAGACAGUUCCGAGGUCAUUAGCACCUUUGCCUAUGGAGAGCCUCACAUUGCAGUUCCACUCCGUGAGCCAACAGGACAGGCCUUUGGGGUGUUUGAUCUCAGCCCUGCACAUUACCAGGGGUUACCACCUUAUGAGCACAAAGACCUGCAGAUAAUGCUGAAGAUGGCCCAGGCGGCCUGCUCCGAGAUACUGAAGGAGUCUUCAGGGGAAACAGACCCAAUCUAUGUCCUAGUUGCAGAACAUGUUGCAGAUUUGAGGCGCGCGCAGAUUCUCUUCCAUCGGCUAAUGCUGCAGGACUUGCGUGAGUGUAUCCAGAAACUCGAUUCCGAGUCCUUUGCCACCAUAAAGAGCUACGCAGAGCCACCAGCCGUGGUGCAUAAUGUCCUGAAGGCUGUGCUGCUUCUUUUCUACCCAGAGUGGGUAGAUUCGGAGAAGAUUGAGAACUGGAGUCAUUGUGUACUGAAACUUGAUGGUGAUUUGAUUCAGAAGAUUUGCUGCUUUGACCCAACUGCCACAUAUAUGCAGGGUCAGACGGAGCUGCUGGCUAACUGUAUCAAAGGUAUACCUAGAGAAGAGGUGUGGAAGCAUAACUCAGUUCCAGCUGAAUACCUGUACAACUGGGCACUUACCUGUCUAUCGCUACUAGAGGUUACAAAGGAACUACAGCAUACGCAAGAUUCACCUUUAGCAUCUCUAACUCCAAGACCCAGCCUGAUUGCGUAUAAGUCAACAGAAGUUUUGCUGUCCUCUAACCCUAGUGAUUCUAUUAUUUAAU